AUGUAUCAGUCCAAUGCUGGAUGGAUAGCUAUCAAUUAUUCGGAACAAUUCAAAUUGUCAAAAAUGAGAAACUAUGCUUUAGGAACUAAAAGAGAAAAUAAAAUUUUACGAAAAUUACGACGUCCAACAUUAACACACGAUGAUAUUAACAUAAAAAUACCAACAAAUUUUGAUGCUCGAAUGAAUUGGUUAUAUUGUCCAUCGAUUCAAACAAUACAAGAUCAAUCGAAUUGUGGUUCAUGUUGGGUAAGUUUGGCAAAUAUCUAUUGA